UGCGAGACGAAGUCCGGUGUCGCGAAUACUUCUAAUCAUAUCUUCGAUCUUAUACAGAGGCGUCUACUUUGCUAUCAGGUGCGACCUGGAAACUUGAGCUUCUUCGUAGCUAAGCUCUGAUCGUCGGCACGAUGCAGGGCGCAUCAGCGGAUCUACCCAUGGCGCAGGUACCACUGCCAGUUUUACACGGACUUUGCCAUUGCCCUGCAGCGUUCGUUGACGACGUUUGCAACCGUUCUGUCGAAGAAACGGCCAUGCGAAAACAAAUGUGAUAACGCAGAGGUGUUGAUGCGAAAGAUGAGGCGGUGACCGCCUGCGCUGCCACGGCAUUCGGACUUAUUGGUAGGUAGCGCACGUCACUGUCUGCCCCUCUGCAUCUCUCGGUCUCCAAUCCACAACACAGCCAUCCCCAGAACCCGCUGCAAUAUCCACAUAAGCAAUCAUGCAUAUUCUUGUCACCAACGACGAUGGCCCACCGUCAGACCAGUCCUCACCCUACGUGCAUUCAUUAGUGUCAACACUGCAGAAGCAUGGCCAUACCGUUUCAGUCGUUCUUCCGCAUACACAGAGGUCAUGGAUAGGCAAGGCACAUCUUGUGGGCAAGUCUAUACAACCGACAUACUACCGCCCUGCGCCUCUCCAAACAAACGCCGAGGGCCGCCUCACGAACCAUGGCACAACCCAUAACUCGCCUCUACCACCCUCUUCCAAUGAAGAAGAAUGGGUACUCGUCGACUCCACACCCGCGUCCUGCGUACAGAUCGGUCUCUACCACUACUUCUCCGACCGCGGCCCAAUCGAUCUCGUAGUCAGCGGCCCGAACUACGGUCGCAACAGCACCGCCAUCUUCUCUCUAUCAUCAGGCACAAUAGGUGGCGCGAUGGAGGCAGCAGUAUGCGGCAUGAAGUCCAUCGCCUUAUCGUACGCGUUCUUCGACCGCAACCACGACGCUAAGAUUAUCAGCGACGCGAGCGAGCUCAGCGCAAAACUCAUACAGCACCUGUGGGAUAACUGGGACACAAACACCCAUCUCUACACCGUCAACGUACCAUUGGUAGAGAAUGUAGGAGAGCGCAAGAUCCUCUGGACAAACAUGCUGCAGAAUUCGUGGAAGAGCGGAAGCUGUUUCCAGGUUGUCGAAGUACCCUCCGAAGCAGAUGACACGCCAUCAGACAUCGAGGGUCAGAUUCGCAAGCAAGAGGAGAAGUUCGGAAAGAAGGAACUCAAGGCGAAUUCGGAGAUACAGGGUGGAGCGUCUGGCACGGAUAGUGGACGAGAGACACCUUCCGGUCAAGCGCAUAUGCGGUAUACACACAAGCACUUCAAGUGGGCGCCGACGUUCAAGGACGUGUAUGAGAGUGUCGAGGCUAGCGAGCCGGGCAAUGACGGAUGGGCGGUCGCGCAGGGCUAUACGAGUGUGACUCCGUUACGGGCGAACUUCAUGCAUGUCAAUGGGUUCGAGGGAGAGAUCAAGCUGAGUGGUGGCUCGUCGUAGACUUGGAUUUUCGACGCCACGAUGAUUGAGAAAUGAAUAUGAAAAAACCUCUAGGUCGUCUCUACUUGAGCCUAAAUGUCGAGACCUCUGAGUCACUCCUCUGAUUCAUGAGCCUUGAGUAUGUGAGCUAGUCA